UGCCAUUCCCAGACACCCAGGGGUUUCCCAGGCUGCUCUGCGGAGCAGUAGGGCGUGAAUGUCAGCGCGGAAGGGUCAGGGCGCUCUCACGCAAGUUGGAGGCCGGGAGGGAGGCGGGCGCCGUGGAACGUGAAGGUGUGGAUUUGUGCGUGGCUGGCCAGUGGUGUUGUGGAUUGCGAAGCUUUGCUGCUUGUCGUUGCGUCCCUGAGCGGGACGGCUUUCAGUGAACAUGAUGUGUACCGUCCUAAGAGCUCUGCAGUACGCCGAGAGGCUGCACCGGUCCUCGGGGAAGCGGCUGUUGCUGCCAGACCGUGGGCUUCACGGGGCUGCCUUGAAGACUCAGCCCAGUUUGAGGUGGGGCUUGCGAGAGCAGAAGAAAACGGCGCAACCUAGAUCUGUUCUUGGACUCGUCCAGAAAACGAUCUGGACACAGGGACCGAGCCCCUGCAACGCACCGGAGGACCGCCGCAAGCAAGUGUCGGUGCACCGAGAUCGGAGAGCGGAAACCGCGGUCUCAACCUCCCAGAAAGUGAAAGAAGCUGGAAGAGAUUUCACCUACUUAGUCAUCGUGGUCAUUGGAAUCGGCAUAACAGGUGGCUUGUUCUACACGAUUUUCAGAGAACUCUUUUCUUCAUCCAGUCCUAGUAAGGUAUAUGGGAAAGCCUUAGAAAAAUGCAGAUCACAUCCCGAGGUGGUCAGCGUCUUCGGGGAGCCCGUGAGAGGCUACGGGGAGAUGACGCGCCGCGGGCGGAGGCAGCACGUCAGCUUCAUCGAGUACGUGAGAGACGGGCUGAAGCACCUGCGCGUCAAGUUCUACAUCGAGGGAUCCGAGCCGGGCAAGCAGGGGACGGUGUUCGCUGAAGUGAGGACCCGGAGGGUGGCGAGUACGAGUUUCAGUACGUGUUUGUGGAAGUGGACGCCUACCCUCGAAGGACUAUCGUGAUCGAGGACAACCGAGGCCGCGAGGACUGAGCCGGCAGCCUGCGCCCAGCAAGGGCGCUGCGCACUCCCGACAGCGGAGGAACAGGGUCUCCGACAGCUCAGACAAGCCACGUUAGGGAUUUUCUUGUGAAAAAUCAUGAAAGAGAGCAUAUUUUAUGUUUCCUCAUUAAAAUGUCGAUCAUGACAGCA